AUGAAAUCAAUUAGGUAAAGGUUGACUCCAACGAAACUCAAGGUGAAAGAUGAGACAAACAUAAGCAGAAUUUGCUGUGUGAAUCAUUCAAAUAAGAGUGCCAAGUAUUAUGUGGCCAAGGACAACUCCGUCUACUUAUGUUCGAAAUGCGCAGUCUAAAUGAUGGGCAAAGGAUAAAAGGUUGAAGAAAUGCCUGGUCUUGAAGAAGAAUAUAGAAGGAAACAAAUUAACCAAUUCAUCAAUUAAGUAAAUAACAACAUCCCCCACAUUGAUAAAAUGAUGAAUGCCUUAAUUACAAAAAGAGAUGACAUUUCAAAAUACUAUGAAUAACAGAAAGAGAAAAUUGAAAAGUUUCAUACUCAGAUUAUCCAAUACUUAGAAGAAGAAAAAAUGAAAAAGUUACAAUAGUUGCAUACCAAUUUUAAGAAUGUAUCAAAAUAAUAUGAUGAAAGUAUUUAAAGCUUAUAGCAAUCAAAAUCUGAAACCAUGUGUAUGAAAAAGGAUAUAGAAUGUAACCUAAAUCAAAUAAUCAAGUAAAUUUAAAAUGAACCAUUUAAUGAAAUUAUGGCUAGUUAUCAUAAAAAUCUUCAAAUAUUUGUUGGCAAGACGGAUCUUAUAGCCAAAACUCCCAUCGAAGUUCUAAAAGUUACAUUAAAUGAACCAAUUAAUUUGAGUCAUUUAAUUUUAAUCCAACAAUUAAAAACUUGUUUAAUCAAGAAAAACGUUUAAGAUUAAAAUUCUAAGCAAGAAGUUAAUGAUAGUGUGUAUUAAAGUCUGGAAAAGAAGGAGUACUGUACAUAACCAAAAGUAAGUCGAAUGGCUUUAUCCUCAGUAAAAACUCCUAAAUAAGAUUACAGCAUCAAAAAUGUGGCUUCGUUUGAGAUAACAAGUGAGGAUUGCUAUGAGGAAGGACAUUCUUAAAUGAUAGAAAGAGAUGAUAUAGAGAAUUCAUAUUAGAUGAUGCUACUAGACACAAAUUCAGAUCAAGAAGAUAAGAAACCUGAUUAAGAUAUAUUAGGAUCCUUUGGACCAAUUCAAAUAACUAAUGCUAAUGCUAAAACUAACAAUAAUAAUAUUUUAUAACCAAAUAAUAAUAAAGUAUUGGUUUCAAAAAUUAUUGAAAGAAAUAACUAAAAAAAUGAUAGAAACAUUGAAAAGAAUUAUAUGUUUAAAGCCACGAAUACAUCCCUAAAAUAUGUAUGA